CAUCAUACAAGUUAAAAACAUAAAACACCAUAAGUGAUUGUUAUCUGUUUCAGUCGAGGAUAAAUUUUUUUUUUUAAAUACAUUAUUACUAAUGUCGUUAUAGUUGAAAAAGCUCAAAAACUACAAAAUGAUUUCCAAGCAAUUUUUGAUAUUAUCGAUCGUUAUAGUUUCCUUAGUCCACUGCAUAUCUUGUAGGCCAGACAAUACAAACGGUGUCAAAUUCGUACAAACUGCAUCAAAAACGUCUCGUAGUCCAGUUUCAACCAACCAUAAUGGUACAAUGAAGUCCAGUUCAAACAAAUCCGUCAGUGCGAAUAAUAAUAAUUCUUCAACGAUCAAACCGGAAGCUGGGUUUGCGUCAAGAGAGGUUAAACCAAAACGAAUUUCAAGGCUGUCUAGUUUAAGUAAAGCUGCCAUCAAGCCCGUAUCGAGUAUUGCUUCUGGAGGCUUUCGGAUUUUACAAGGACUAUUGUCGAGAUUCAGAAGCAUAUUUACAAACGCCAGUAAAAAUGCUUCUUCGAAUAAACUAACCUCAACUUAAAUGUUACAAAGUAUUACACUUCUGUACCGUAGCGAUUUGAUGUUCAUAAAACAAUAUAAUUUACCAUGACGGUAUUAUUUAAACGACA